ACGUUUCGUGUCAUAAGACUUAAAAAUGCGUUACGUGACCGCGUAUUUGUUAGCUGUUUUGAGCGGAAAAGCGGCCCCAGCUGCUGCAGACAUUGAAAAGAUCAUAAGCUCUGUUGGUAUUGAGGCUGAUUCGGAGAAACUAAAAAAGGUUAUAUCUGAACUCAAUGGCAAGAGCGUUGAAGAAUUGAUGGCUGAGGGCCGAGAGAAGCUGUCCCCAAUGCCAGCAGGAGAUGCCGCAGCACCAGCAGCAGCUGCGGCUGAAGAUAAGAAAGAGGAGAAGGAGGCGAAGAAAGAAGAGUCUGAGUCUGAUGAUGAGGACAUGGGCUUCGGUCUCUUUGAUUAAACUCAUAUUUAUGAUGGCGCGAACUACGCGGUUUUAUAUUCCAAUAUUUGGUUUAAGUGUAACUGUGUAGCUAUGUUUCUAUGAAAUAUAGUUUUCCAACAAAAAAAAA